AUUUGAAUACUUUUCUCCAAACUGAGCUUCUAGCUUGUUCUUUAGAAACCCUAGAUGUUUGCUCUUCAAUUCAUCUAGAGUGAAUGAGAAGAAAAUCACAUUUGUCGCAAGAAGUUAAAUCAAACUAGCAAUAAUAUUAGUCUUAUAAUAAUAGAUCUCAAUAGGCAUCAAGAUUAUAACAUUGUAGUACGUAGUUAGGAAAAACCAUUUUAUUUUGCGAUCAAACUCUCACUGUAAUUUGUUGUAACCAUUAAUCUAAUUUUUAAUAAUCAAAAUUAUUUUGCCUCGUAAUUUGCACGGCGGAGACUAACUGCCGAAACCUCUCUAAAACCCAUACCCCACCCCCACCACCACCACCAUAUCGCUCCACCCAUCACCUCCGAACGGAAAAAAGAAACCACUGACAGACACUCGCCGGAAAUGGAUUAGCCGAAAUUUCCAUUUUCCGACUCAAAAAGCUCUCAGCUAACAAAGGUAAAGAAGAUGGGUUUGAAUUUUAGUGGAUUGAGUUUUAACCCCAAUUUCAACCGGGGUGGCGGAAAUCGGGAGGUGGGUGGUGCCGAGGUGGGCUGCUUAGCGAGGGCGAGAGCUUGUAUUGGGGAUUCAGUCACUGCUGUCCGAAAUUAUUGGCAGAAUUCAGGCGUUCAAUCACCUCGGACUAGGGUUUCUUGGUUUGAUUGGGGGUUGUUGCAGAAACUCAAGACUCUGUCUAGGUUUAUCUUUGGAAUUCCAACUUGGGUGUUCUCGAUUGUUUGUCUGGUUCUUCUGGCAUUUGGGUCUUAUUCUUUCAUAUCCAAUACUCAGGAUGGUCUUAAAUUGAGUUGCUACACCCUGACUGGUUUCAAAGGCAUCGAUUGUGAACUGAAUCUAAAAUUUACGAUUCUGACUGCUUUCCUGUUUUGGCUGGCUUGUAUUCUGCUCUGUGCCUUAAUUGGUUUACUGCAUUUCAUGGUGGGAAAGAUCUUGAUCAGGAAUGAAAAUGUUGGUAACUGGGUAAGCGUGGGGAUAAAAGCGAUUCUGGUGGCCCUGUUUCCUAUGGGCUCUACCUGUUUGCAAAAUGUGAUGCAGCCUGAACCAUCUGCAUUUGUUCCCUUGUUGAUCAUCACUUGGUCUGUUUAUGUUGCUCUGGCUCUAUUCGGCUGGCAGGAAGAUUUUUCUUUGGUUGAUUGUUUUGGGAGUUUCAACCUUGCUGUUGCCUUUAUUAUGUAUCCCCAACAUCCUUUGUCGCUUUUGGUUUCCUGCCUCAGUACUACUUUUAAGGUUGUUUUGCCGGAGGUGAUUGAGGCGUGGAGGAAUUGGGCAGACAUCCCUGAUCCUGUUUAUUCGGCUAAUCCUCUCAAUCAGCCUUUCAUAAAAAAUCCUUCGCAGCACUCCACUGAAGCUCACUUCAACAAUGAGGCUGAAGUGUCAUCAUGAUUGGAGAACACUCUCAAAGAAAUGUGAGAACCAUGAAGUGAAGAGAAAACUAAGAUGAGAUUGCUGGAAGUUUUAUCAAGUGUUAAAGCUGUGUAAAAUCUUUACUGCAGAAGACAUUCAUCAGAAUCUAAAGUUGUCCUGUUUUGUUUAAAGUUUAGUAUUGAAUAUGUGGUGGAAACAGUUGAAGUCAUUGUAAACUUUGUUUUUGCUCUCCUCCUAGAAUGUUUGCGGGAACUGUCAAUGCAUUAGGAGGAAUGACUAUCUAACUACUCUUUGAAUGCUCUAGUAAUUCAUGCAUGGUUGAUUGAAAAAUGGAUGUUUUUUUGGCCCUGGUUAAGGCUCUGAACAUUGCUUUUAUCGGAAG